AUGAAGAAGAUGCGGGGCAACGCCAGCCUCCCCACCGGCCUGGUCACCUUCAUCGUCGGCGAUGACGAGGAGCGCAUCGAGCACGUGAGCAAGAACCUGCUCUGCGUGCGGUCCGAGUACUAUGGGAAGAUGUUUGGCAUCGGCAUGAAGGAGCGCGACGCCGCCGAGAUCACGGUGCCCAAGACGGACCUCGCCAGCUUCACCGCCUUCAUCGACUACCUCUGCACCGACCAGCUCGACCUCGGCGAGCUGGAGGGCGAGCAGGCGCGGCGCGCGCUCGUGCUGCGGGAGCUGGCGCAGAUGUACCAGGUGCCGCGCCUCGAGCUGCUCUGCGCGCAGGCGCUGCAGGAGAGCGUCGGGCCGGCGAGCGCCGUGCCGCUGCUCGAGGCGGCGCACACGACGGGCGACGGGCGGCUCCUCGCGCAGUGCCGCCGCUACGUGGCCGACCACGCCGCCGAGGUGCGGGCGAGCGGCGGCGUGGAGCAGCUGCGCGACCUGGGCGUGGCCAAGGGGCUGCUCGGCGACGCGCUCGACCAGGUGGCGGAGCUGAAGAUGGGGGCGGCGCGCACGGCCGCGGGCCAGAGGGCGGCGCCCGCCUAG